AUGCCACAAACUGAUCCAAACCCAAAACCUGAUCUACCCGUAGAGUUCAAGAAUUUAAUCAGUGCCCUGGGGGGUUCUGAGCCAGUGUUAGUGAUACAAAAAUCCUUGAUCGACACAGACGUUAGUAAUCAGCAUAACCGGCUAUCGAUACCGAUAAAUGAAAUCGAAGAGGGUUUUCGUCUAGAAGAGGAUGAGAAGAGAGCAUUGGACCUGUGCAAUGGAAAGAAGUGUGGUGAAAUAUCAGCAAGCUUGGUUGGACGGUCCCUUGAAGAAAGAGAAAUAAAACUGAGGAAGUGGGACAUGAAGAACGAGACCCAAUCUUGGAACACGUUUAGGGAGAGUAAUGGACUGGAAGCAGGAAUGGUUCUGCAGGUUUGGUCAUUUCAAGUUAAUUCAAGGCGGUGGUUUAUUCUUGUUAACAACCGAGAAGAAGGUUCGAGUGACGAAAGCAACCGAUCUUGUGAUGGUGCAAGCACUAGCAAAAGCA